AUGAUGUCGUACAUCAUACUAGGGUUCCUGUGUGUGAUCCCAUCAAUUUGUUUGUCUGUUCUUACUGAUGGGGAAACUCAGAAUGACACACUACGAGAUGAAUCAGGGGACUCAAAGACUGAUGUUUUCAGACAAUUGUUAAACCAGGAGACCCUCAUUCGAAUGUCACUGGUGAAGAAUGUCCAUAGUCUUAUGAAAGAUAUGGUCGAGAUGAAAGAAAGCAUGUCAACUAGCAACAAACGACUCAAUGAUGCGGAGAAAGAAAUCUCAAGCUUGAAAAAUGAGGUACAUUUACUGAAAACCGAGAACCGAAAGUUGAAAGAACAAGCUGUAAAAUUUCAAGAGCAGUUUAAGACUACUGACAGCAGGUUUGAUGAAAUUGAAGGGAAUUUUACAAAAGUUUCAUUCAGCCGGGCUAAAUAUGAAAGACAUUUGAAUAAAAAAAUUGAAGACUUUGAGAAAAAUAUGUCGACGAUUCUAAAUGACAUCAAGAUAGAGGUACGUUAUCUGUCUGUGACGUUACUGGACUUGAAUAAGCAUACAAUGGAAAUAAAUGAAUCUAUUCCAAUUCUCAUAGAAAGCAAAUUCACUGAAUAUUCCACCAUCGUGAGUAAAUCUGUCAGUGAUAUAAACAACAAGUUGAUCACUUCAAAGGACUAUCAAGAACAACUGGUAUAUAACUUGUCUACAUUGGGAAAUGACCAAUCAGGCUUAAUGAAAAUAAUCUCAGAUCAUAUGAACAGUACUAUAAUGUCCAUCAAAGCGGAUGUUGAGCAAUCCCAGAAGUCCCAGUUGAAGUUAUCGGCUGCUGUGUCGUCAUUGGAGGUUUUCAGAAUGAAUAUGUCCUUGCUGAACAACUGUGGUGCGAAAAGUAUAGGAUUCACAGUCGGGGUAACGAGCUCGUCUUCCACCUGGUCUGGAGACAUCUUGGUGUUCCCUCAUCUCGUCACCAAUCAUGGAAACGGAUACAAUCCAAGCACCGGGAAAUUCACCGCCCCUAAGGACGGGACCUACGUUUUCUUUGUUGCCGUAAAUUCAUACGGCAGUCAAACUGUGUAUCUUAACAUUGUUCAUAAUGGUUUAAAUGUUGUCCAAUCAAUGGCUUACGGCUCUAGCGCCUCCCACCAGACGGGUACAAACAUGGCUUUAAUUCAUUUAGACAAAGGAGACUCUGUCUGGAUCAGUCAUAGCAGUGGGACCGGUUAUUAUACCACUUCCGUGCCCAUAACAACAUUUUCUGGUUUUCUGCUGGCAUGAAAACAGAUAUUUACCAAUAAAAGUUUUAAUUUCAAAUCGACUCUCAAAGUUUUUGCAUAAUAAAUCUUUUUCUCUAAAAUUUCCAUUUAGAGAUAUAUAGAAUUAUAUAUAAGUGUUAUAAUUCAAAAUUUCCUUUUUUAAUUUAGAUGUAGAAAAUCAAAUAACAAUGGAUAGAUUUAAUUUCUACUUAUAUUAUACGAGCAUAUCGAAAUUUUGCCAGCUUACUUUUUUUUAAAAAAUCUCAAAGCGGUUUAUAAAGUAAUUUAUGUUAUUUCGUAUACAAUAUAUAGAGAUUAAACUAAUCUUAAAUACAUUUGCUUUUUAAGGUGUCCAUUAUUGCUUUUGUAUAUUUUCUUGAAAGAGUUUUUUUUAAUCAGUCGUACGUGUUUUUAUUUUUGUAGCAUAGUUCAGAUGUUGUAAUACGUUUAUAUUUAUACUUUGAAUAUAAAUGUGAAUCUGUUUAUGAUUGUAUAACAAAAAUUUACUUUUAACCCUAAAUCACGGAUAUAUAUUUACCAAAUAUAUAUCCGUGACUCGGGAUUAAAAUCUAGUAUCCAAAAACAAAGGACUUUUAUUAUCAUUUUUUCAACAAACUGUUAACUUGAUGUCAGUGAGAACAAAAUACCACUUAAUGAAAUGUUUAUUAUUAUGAUUAUUAUUAAAACUAAUGAUAGAACUAAUACAAUGUAUAUGGACAACUUGUUUUCUUCUUAAAAAGGAUGUAGUAUUUCUACUAAAUUUUCACAUUCUAUUUUUGAUUUGUUAUGAAAUAUUCGCAGGUAGAUAUUUUGCAUAUUUUAUGUAGUAUUUGUAAGUAUAACUCAAUGUUUCUUUGUUUUGAUUUUUAUUAACAACCAGUCUUAUGUUUAUUUUCU